UCUCUCUCUUUCCCUGGAGCGUUAGCCGAGGUCAACGCUGACUUGCAAGGUGGUGAAACAAAACGGACCCACUGACUUCGGAUCGUCGCCAUGGCAACAAUGAAAAUAGUUUCGGCGCUUUUGAUGCUGCUCCUCGGCGCCGCUAGCGCCAGCUUUCCGCUUUACCUGCAGCCUUUCAUCAACUACUAUGAAGUGUACAUGGAACCUUAUGCCACAGUGCAGCUAGAUGAC